AUGGUCGAUCAUCAACCAUACGUUACUAUUCGCUCGCGGAGACCUGUCGAAGGUCCAGGUUCAAGAAGUACUGGCCCUCCUAUGGCUGCAUCCAGUGGGGGAGAUUACUAUGCCAGGUCCGCAACUCAUGACACAAGCCGUACUAGUUUUCAUGUUAAACAUAUCGGCCAAUUCGCACAAAGACUCGAAGAUUCCGCAGCCCGCGCUUUUCCUAAUCGUGGAAGGUCUUCAGCCAGAUACAGCAAAGUACAAGCAUUGUUGUUACACUGGAACUCGGAUGACCUCUUUGUGAUACCUGAAUUGGAAGACCUUGAAAAGUGUUUGAGCGAGGACUAUGGCUUUAACACUGACAUAUUUGCCAUCCCUUCGGAGAACUCCCAUCUGGAGUUGAUGAUGCGCAUUGGGCAACUUAUCAAAGAUCAUGAGUCUCAGGAUACAUUGUUUCUGGUCUACUACGGUGGGCAUGCCAGAAUCGACGAGUCCAGACAAAGUACCUGGUGCGCUACCCGGGAAGCAAACUCGCCAUGGCUUCAUGGAGCCAGUAUUACUGAGACCAUCUCAGCUUCGAGUUGGGACGCCAUUGCACCUGAUCCUGGGCGUUACUCUUUCACCAAUGCCCUUAUUGAAGUGCUCCAGGAGUGGCGUGUCCGAGCCUUCUCUGCUGCUAUGCUCCACGCCGAGGUUCUCGCUCGAUUAAAACAUCCUCGACCCAUCACCAUCAAUGGCAAAUACUUUGAAGCCCGAUCGACCCCCGUGCAUUUCAUGAUGACCUCUAAUCACAAAGCGCCUAGCAUCGAAAUGUCUCGGAUGUCUCGCGGCGAUAACCUGCCAUCCCCUGAGUUACUACCAAUGCCAGCGAUGGCCCAUGAGACUGGCCGAGCGGCUGAUUCUACCACGCCUGUCUCACGAAAUGACUACAUGUUUACUGAACCAAACGAAGAUACUCCUCAUGUCAUGAUUUCUUUGGCGUUGGAGGAUGACCAGAGGCUUGAUAUCAACGCAUGGGAGCAAUGGCUUGGCGCCUUCCCUGCUAUGGCCAAAUAUGUCAAGGUUCAGGGCGUUUUCAAGAGUCACUCAACAAUGCUCCUUGUUUCCAUGCCGGUAUCUAUCUGGGACUUGCUUCCAGAAGACCAUGCCACAUCGUUCGUUGCUUUUAUCCGAUCUAAUAACCUGAUGACUCAGAAGCCCCGAAACCAAUCGGUGCCGACCUUGGUUCCAGCAAACCGUUAUCCGGUUGAAAAUGACAGCGCUUCGUUCAUUUCCGGUGUUUCGGGUACGACCUUUGUACCUACAGAACUUACGGGGUUAACUGGCCAGAUGGGAGCUUUUCGGGAUCCUGCGUACGGCAGGCAAACCGGACCUGUGGUCAGGACUACUCUCCCGCCUAUUCAGCAGCUCUCGCCCUUGCAUAUGCCAUCACAACCUGGGUCACCACCUCAGAGCCUACCACAGCGGUCCAUGAAACCGAUGCAUUCCACAACAUCACUUACUACACUACAGAGGCAGCAGUCGUCGUCAUCUUUAGGAGGUAGUGGAAACUUGACGAGACAGAUGAUUAUGAAUCAACAGCAAGCUCUCCGACGCACCACUUUUGGAGCUGAUGUUCCAGAACCCAAGAAGUUCUCUCCUCAUGUGGAGAAGCGCCUAGAGGAAUACUACCAGACUGAACCAUUACCUAACGAUGGCCAGAAAGCAUUUUUCGCCUCAAACCUUGGAGUAGAACCGUGGCAUGUUGAAGUCUGGUUCCAUCAUCGGAGAGAAAGGGAUGCUUUUUCCCAGCGAUUCGCAGCUCUGAGAGUCGAAGAUUCGAAAGCCGGUGCUCACGAAGGGCCACGCAUGAUCUUACCAGCGAAUCUCAGUGAACUUUUGGACAUAUCUCUACCAGGCCAGAGUCUUCUACUUGAUCUUCGGUCAUCGACGGAAUUCCAGAGGUCGCACAUCAGGGGUGCAAUUCAUUUGCGUGCUCCGCAAUCCUUCCUGCGCCCAGCAUCUCUAGACAUGAUUGAGCGAGCCUUUCCCGACGCACAAAGUCGGAGGACAUUCUCACGCUGGCAGCAAGCUAGAUAUAUUGUAUUCUACUCACGUGGGCUUGAGUACCCUUGGGAGUGCCCCUCAGCCGAUACUUUACUGGAGAAGCUCUGGGCAUGUGGCUGGAACGGACGAUGCUUCAUUUUGAAAGGACAUUAUCGAGAGUUUAGUGACUCAUUCGGCAAACACGUAUACCGCGCUCAAGAUAGUGAUGCCGAGAAAGGGCCUCCCAAGGAAGCACCUACCAGUGAAGGCAUGACAAGCAAUGAGAGGGAGCUUGCUGCUCUUUUCGCCCGUUUGGAAACAGAGGACCAAACACGUCACCUCAGUUCAUCUCCCGGGCACAACGAAGAGCGAACCACAGUACUAGUAGAACAAGAAAAGGCCCUUGAGAAUGAGUUUCAGAAUCAUUUCCCUGCACUCUUCAAGAAGGCACAAGACGUUCACGGUGUUGGAAAAUCUGAUGACGAAAGCUUUGUCACCAAGGCGCAAAUGGUGGAGUACCUGGAUCGCGGCUUGACCAAAAUUCGAGAUGGUCAAGCUUCCCAAGCAGAAGCAACUGUUUAUGAGCCAGGUCAUUCGAAAUUGGCAGCUGACAAUUACUUUGACCGGACAAAUGUAAAUCGAGAGUCGGAUGAGUAUGUCGAAGUUCCUCGUGGAGACGAAGCAGCAUCAGAUGGGGGGCCGCAGAUGACAAACAAGGGUAAGGAAAUAAGGGCCGUGUCAUCCCCAGAUGAGAUAACUCGAAGAGGGCGAGGAGGUGGACUUUUAAAUAAGGUGUUCCGAAGGACAUCGUGA